GUGGCAGGCACCCACCCACCGCGCACUGUGCGCCACAUCGCCGGCGGUGGCAGCGCUGGCGACGACGCCGCGGCGUCAGCCGUCCUGCUCCUCGGCAGCGUUGGGUCGAGCACGCCGCCGCCACCGCCGCUUCCAAGCGAUCGAUGUCGGUUUCCCCGCUCGCUCGCCCGCCCCGCUCGCCCCAAGCCUGGCUGUGUGCACCGCGAGCGACAACAUUCAACGCUCACGGCUGGCAGCGGCCGGGGCUGCGCCGGGGAACAGACACCGCGUCGACGCAGUAGUGAGCCGGUUGUCGUUGUGCGUGCUACGUAGCGAGACCGUUGUUGGGUCGUGAAUUUUCCGUGGUGCGCUCGCGUUACCACGGUUGCGGAAUGCCCGUUACGUGUUUGUGACUGUGAACAAGAAAAAAAGGAGCACCGGCUGCUUCGAAGCGGGCUGGAACACCGAGGAACAGCGCCAUGAGGACGAUCGUGCGUUGUGUUCGCCAUGCGGGGCGGGGCGGGAGGCUGCGGUUCUCCGGACGGGGCGGCCUCGCGCCGGCUGUCCCGAUGGACGCUGCUGCUGCGCCAGCGGUCGUCACAGUCCGGCAGCUUAGAGUCUGAGACGCCGCCCCGUCGCUGCUCCAUAGUGUCCGGUGCCAGCGGACACGCAUUAUCGGGCGUCUGCGGGACCGAGGCAGUCCAGCUGGUGGCGUACACCAGGCGAAGCAGCCUGGUAUUGCUCUCUGCCAUGGCGGACAGCGCUGGCGUUCAGGGCAUUGCCAGCGCCAGCGGCGCCGUCGACGUCCCGGACGGCGUUGACGCGUCGGAAGCCAUCGCGGCAGAAGGCGCCGCGACGAGCGAACGCGGCGGCGCGCCUUUCGAGGACUUCCUGGAGGAAGCACGCCUGCGCUGCGCCAGCGCCACCGAGGAACAGCUGGCCGACUUCGUCAAGAAGAACCGGGACAGCUUUGCGCGCCUGCUGCGCAUCGAGUCCUGCCGGUUGCACGGCGCGACCACCGGCAUGGGCGGCGGGGGAGCCCCUGCGGCUGCCGCCUCCUCGUCCGGAGGGGGUCCCAGCAGCGACCGCGACUCGGGCGUCUUCACGGAGCCCGAAGGAGCGGCCGCCAACGGCGUCACCGGCGGCCCCACCGCGUCGUCCAGCGAGGGCGACCUCAGGGAGGCCCUCGGAAGGACUCCCGAACCGGACGCCCUCUCCAUGGGCUCGGCGGACUUACGCGCGCUCCUCAGGACUUGCCCGUUCUGGGACAGGGCCAGCGGUGCUUUCCUGAGCGACGCCGUGUCCGAGCCCCAGCUGAGGCCCAAACCCCCACGUCCAUUCUCCGAGUUCCCGGCACCGCUACAGGUCACUGCAUGCAGCGCGACGAGUGCUUUCGGCGGCAUUCCCAGCCGGAUGAGUUCCUCGUUCCAUUUCACCACCACCAGGACGCACUUCGAAUACUGCGGGGAGACCAACACAUUCAGGUUCCGGAACCAGGAGGUGAGCGCGAGCCUUGAGAGCAGCUACGAGAGCUUGUCCGAGAGCGAGGACGAGGAGGAGUCCCCGGAUGAUGACGAGCACGACCGCUUGGCGGCGACGACCGCCGCUCGCAGCCCGACUGUGCAGUCAGAGCCCGCAGGGUCGGCGGCUGGUCGCGUGGCCGAGGAGCUGCUCAGCACGGAGCGAACGUACGUCGACGUGCUCCGGCUGCUGGACCAGAGGCUGGCCUUCCGGUUGGACCAGGAGAACCGCGCCCACUCCAUGGUGCCACAGACCACGGUGGCCGCCAUCUUUGCGCCGCUCAAGCCGCUCUUCCGGCUUCACCACGACUUCCUCCUGCCCAGGCUACAGGAGAGGCUGGACGCCUGGGACCGUGAACCCCGCAUCGGGGACGUGAUGAAGGACUUUGCCCCGUUCCUGAAGAUGUACGCCGAGUACGUGAAGAACUUCGAUCAGUCCGUCCAGCUGCUCGCCUCCUGCUACGCCAAGCACCCGCGCUUCGCGGCCGUCGUUGACGAGAUUCACGCGAUGCCUGAAUGCAAAAGCCUCACAGUGCAGCACCACAUGCUCACACCUGUACAGCGAGUGCCCCGGUAUCAACUGCUGCUCAAAGAGUACCUGAAGAAACUGCCGGAUGGCUCUCCCGACAAAGACGACACGGAAAGAGCAUUGGAGCUGGUGUCCAAGGCUGCCGACCACGCCAACCAGGCCAUGAAAAAGAUUGAUCAGUUCAAGCAGCUGCUGGAGAUCCAGGAGUUGGUGGGCGGCGCCGUCGACCUGGUGAGCCCGACGAGGGAGUUGCUGCGCCAGGGAAAGGUGACGAAGAUCAGCGCUCGCUCCGGCGACCACUUCGAGCGGUACCUCUUCGUGUUUACCGACAUGGUGCUAGUGUGCAGCGUGGUCGGCAGCGGGGCGCGCCUCAUUGGCGCCGGUGGGUACCGGGUGCGCGCCAAGCUCGACCUGGACGGCCUGUUGCUGCAGGACGGCGACAACCUCGAGACGCCAAACAGCUUCCACCUGCGGAAUGCCGGGCGCUCCAUAGAGCUGUGCGCCGGGUCACCCGAGGAGAAGCUGGCGUGGAUGCAGACCCUUGCCAAGGCUGCCCAUGACCUCAAGCAGCGAAAGAGUUCCUUGAAAGUUUACCAUCAAGGUCAAAAGAGUCCCGAGGGAGCGGAACUGGGUCAGCGUGCUCCCGUACUGGUGCGAGCCGACACCGUGUCCAGGUGCAUGCGCUGCUCCGCAGGAUUCUCCACGUUCGGUCUGCGAUGGAAGCAUCACUGCCAUGCUUGCGGGAUCGUUGCGUGCAGCAAAUGCGUGUCGCGCAAGGCCCGCCUGCACUACGACGGCGGUCGCGCGGGUCGCGUGUGUGACGCCUGCUAUGCGGCCAUGACUCCGUUGGGGGACGACGACCAGCAACAGCACUGCCCUCUGCGGGGCUGCGACGAACUGCCUUCGCCCGCUGGUCCGGUUCCUCUGUUCCCGCUGCCCCCGGGACAGCAACAGUGUUCGGGCGCCGUGCUCAGCGGCUACCUGCGUCUGAAGACGGGAGGCCGUCGUGCUCACUGGCAAAGGCGCUGGUUCGCCCUGCACCGGGACUUCGUGCUGUAUUCCUUCCGCUCAGAACAGGACGAGCUUCCGCUGACGUCAGUUCCUGUUCCUGGUCUGGCGGUUGCCGCCGCCGAGAAGGCCGAUGGACUGGAACCCCGCACCAGCGCGGCGGCUUUCAAGCUCUUCCACCAGCGGAGAGCCUACGUCUUCCAGGCGCAGGACGCCGAAGACGCACAAAGGUGGAUGGCAGCACUCGAAAGAGCGUCGAAAGCGGAAGAGCCCAGUUAGGCAACCGCAGAACUGAACAUGGAGCCGCAUAUUUUAACAAACCACUCACAAGCACCGGCCACUGAAACAGCCACGACCCUUGCUUGCCAGUGAAGUCGGCCUGUAGCAAAAUGAGCACUCUUUAUUUGUGCCAUUCACCAUCCCAGUGUAUGUUCUAGUCAUCGCUCUAAUCGUGAAGUUGUUGAGGCAUUUGGGGCAUAGUUGAUGCGCUGGCACAUUCUAAAUGCAUAGACGAUACAGAGCGUCCCACCGGACUAAGUGUGUUAGGUUUUUCGACUAUUAUCUAUCGAAGCAUUUUCUACUGCGUGAUUACGACGAUGCGCUUCGAGAAGCUGCCCACUUCCGAUCUCACCCAGGUUCCACGACUAUCCGAGCUCACCAAUCUACUAAAUGAAUUGUAAGCGGAUGGCGAUUGCCUAGAGUACACGUUUGUUUGAUAUCUUUAAUUUGAUCAGGAUGGCUUAUGACGACAGACCGUCCUUUCGUCAAUGAGGUAUACAUAUUUUAUGACUGAGUCAUUGAAAUAGUCAUUAAUGGCGGCGUUGGUUAGUAGUCCUUCACCCCUGUCGAUGCUUAACUAUCGCUGUGACUGUGGUUCAAUAUAAUUUCUACCUGAACUAUGCAUCAAUUACCAAAUUUGUCAUGUCAUAAUUUUUUUCUUUCUUGAUCACAUCAAUGUAGAUGCCAUUUUUGUUGUAGCAACACAAUCAACGUUGAUAAUAGGUAACCGAUCACAUUUAUUGCGCAAUUUUUUUUUUCGUGACGAUGAACUCUGUCAAGAAAGUUGGCAGCAUUUUGCUAUAUAUGUUAGAUUAGACUAAAUAAUUUCAGUCUGCAAGUGUUUCCGUUACAUUUUUUUUUCGAGUUGAGCCGCAAAUUGAAGGCGUUUAGCAAAACAUCUACAUACUCGUAAACUCUGCGGGACAGCAUUCUUGCUGUUUGGCUCAAUUCAAGUGAAACAAUAUGCACUGAUCGCUCAGAAAAUAAAACUAAAUAUUUCUUUGCGGUUGCUCUGGUUUUAACAAGAGAAUGAAGAAAUUAAUACUACAGCGGCCGAGCAGGUGAAGAUGAUAGAGGUUAUCUUUGCGUUGACCUGGACUAUAAUAAUAACUCUGUUCUUCAAUGUAAGUUUAGCCCUGACCUUUUUGUUCCCAUAUCAUGACACAGAAAAGAUACGUAUGAUCGCCAAUUAGUAGUAUGAUCGCCAUGAGAAUGCACACGACAUUGGCGCCCAAUAUCGGCACAGUCAUGACAUCCCUGUGAACGAGCGGCUUUCACAGAACUGAAGAGCUACCUCCUAAGGGAACGAGAAAAUUACAAAAAAAGGCAGGCACGUAAGAUCCCACUGGCUACCCUGUACCAGGAUAAAGGCAAAAGGCCUUGAAAAAUAGGAGAGAUAUGACAAACAAAAGUUUGCAAUAGUGCUAACAGUUACAAUUUUGCUCCAGACGUGAAACUCGCGAAUCGUGUACGAUUGCACUGUAUUUGUGUGACGUCUAAAAGGAAACCUUAUAGUACUCCGGCAAUAUAAAUCUAUUAGGACAUUUAAAUAUUGCGAAAUUACGACGAUCUCGUGCUCAUUUUGGAUUGCCCGAAUGAAUCACACCUGUAAAAAUGUGAUCUUUAGGAGAUGUUGGUGGCUUUAAAUGGCGCCGACUACUCCUUUUUCACGUAGAAUUACGUACAAUCUUAGGCCACUUUAGGCUACGAACUUGAGAUUAGGUCGCGCAUUUCAAGAACAGCGUUUGUUGAACCAUACAAUUUUAUACAUUAAGCACUUUUAUACUUACGAAAAAAGCUGUAAAUCUCUGCAUGCAGGCGUUAGAUUACAAUACUAUUGUCAUACCCGCAGCUAAAAUGUUGGAUUUUGCUGGAUUUUUAGUCUUAGUGGUCAAUGUCUAUGGAAACCGCGCUGCUCACCGUACAGUGCUAAUAGACACCUCGUGAAACGUCUGGAGAGAGGGUGCUUUGCUACAUGACGCGCUGUUAGGUCGACCCCCCCCCCCCCCCCCCCCCCCGCACCCGUCCUUUCAUGACUACUCCGCCCGAACGCAAUCUUGAUCUGAUCCUUGAGUGUUUCUACCUUGGGCAAAUGCCGUGCGUUGAGGAUUGACAACCGACGUUUUCAUCAGUGUAAUCACGCUUGCUGUGGGCCACUUCGUGUUUGUCAUCAGUCCGAAAAAGUCACUGGCGGCUUUAUGGCACCAGUGCUACCCAAUUGCGAUUGACAACACUUCGAAGUUUGUCAGCCAUGAUGUUUAAGGCACGAUGUCAGUGGUCGUGAGCCGAUGAGCAAGUGUCCAGGAAAGCGAAAUCAGUGUGCUUGUAAGCAACUCGCAUUUGUCAGACCCUGCACUAAAAACUGCAGCCGUAACGGAACAUGUUUUCGAUGACAACCACUACGUCUGUUAAAAGCUCAUUCAAACCAUUUACGUGGCUUUAAUCAGCGCUUAACAAUCACAUCAGUUACUAAACUCCUUAUAGGCCCCAUGUUUCAGAUUCCGGACACACUGAUUGACGAACUGCUUGGAAUACCUGCUCAUUGUCGCAUCAAAUACGGACAGUAAAACUAACUACAAAACGCCACUUUAUCGAAAACAACAUAAUAUCUCGGCACACGCUGUAAGCGAAGCCAAAUUGACAUCUAGGAUUUUUAAUCAGUACCCUUAUUUCCUGUCUAGAUUAGCCUAUUUGUGCUCGAUUUAGCAUCUGACAAGGGACGACAACUUUCAGCGUUCCGCUCAGGGUGCCGCAUCAGACGAUACAGGCACGUGUAUAUUUCGCCUAAAAUUUUUGAAACAAUAUUUUACGCUUAAAUCUGUGUUGUUCAUGCUCAAAUUUUGCCGAAAGAUCUCAUUUCUGAGUCUGCGUCAUUCAAUGCGAAACUUGGCACAGUUACUUCCUGUUUUUUUUUUUAAGAAAAAGAAAAGAAAGUUGCGUUCCUUUAUGGGAAUGCAAGCUGCUUCCAAGAUGGCGCUAGCAUAAACUUGUGCCGCCGCCUGACGGAAGCUGCAGAAAGCAGCCAGAAAGUGCAACGUGUUCCAGAGGAGGGGGAAGCACGUGACAAGCCUCCGUGAACGGCUGCUUUCUGCAGCUGCCGAAAGGCCACGGCACAAGUUGAUGCAAGCGCCAUCUUGGAAGCAGCUUGCAUUUCCAUAAACGAAGGCUACUUUCAAUUUUUUUACGUUAAAAUCAGGAACGUAAUUGUGCCAAGUGUUACACUGAACGACGUAUACUUCAAAAAGUGAUAUUUCUGUGAAAUUAGAGCAAGAAUAAUGCAAUGGUAAUCACAAACUCUUGUGCAAAAUAUUGCAAGCAAUUAUGCACAUGUCUGUACGUAGUGUCCGAAGUAUAGCUACUAUGACUCAUUUGCGGCUAACAAAAUCUGUUCCUGCUCCUGUAGAAUAAGACAGCACGACCUCCGAAAUUGUUUUUUUUUUAUUCUGUGGGAGCUGUUGAGGGGUGCGACUUGGCCUAUUAACCCCUGAAAGAAAAGUGCUCAAGCAUGUACGGAGUUUGAUUAUGGAUUUUCAGAACUGGUGCGAUUGAAGAACUCCGAUUUCAGCUGCGUGGCGUUUGAGGAACGACGAGCACACAGACACUGGAGUGUCCAGAAGCGAAACCACUUUGCCCACCGAUCUUUGUUGUGACGCUCAUCACACUGCCAAUGUGUAUUCACUGUGCUCACAUCUUGUUAAGCGAAUGUUUUGUGCACGACUCUUGAGCGGAGAGCGUUCCGUAGGAGUCGAUAAUGUUGUAGUGCGCGCUUAAGCUGUCCAAUCAUAUCACGCGGUCCCAUGCAGUCUGACUGUGUUUCGUUGUAGGGCCCAUGCUGAAUCGUGUCGUUAGCACUGCACCUAUGUGGCAGAUGUUCUGCAAGUCUGUUAUUUAACUCUUGCAGGGCCAGCUUGCUUGGAAGAAAAAAAAAAGCAAAUUGUUCUGUGAUCGCGCGGCACUGUUUAACUGUAGUGCUUGUUUAGCGGGUGGUGAGUUGCUGGAGCGUAGUUUAUGUAAAUACGCAAUGUUGUCUUUCUUUUCAUUUAAAUUCACGAUUGCACAGUUCCAUAGUGUUGUAACAUAAGUAGUAAGUGUGCCUAUCCUACUUAAAAGCGUCUUGAAAAAGCUCAACUUUUUGUCUUGUCCGUAAUGCAGGUUACUUUUCAGAGGGUUCGGACAGAUAGGAAGCCUGUUUAACCACAGUGACGGUUUGAAUCAGAGCGCCAGUUGAACCGUGGUUCAGCGUAGCUUUUCGAAUUAGCAGUUUGCCUGGUGAGGCAGACCCGACAACGGUCGGCGGCAAGAUCUUUGGCCAAUGCGCACAUAACUUGACCUGCAGCGCAUCGAAGUUUUUGAACAUUUAUGGCUUCUGAUAGGCCAAUAAUCGAAGCCGAUUUUUUUUCCUUAAAGGCACACUGAAGGUAUACAUUGUUAUGCUAGAUUGGUAUCACACUGAUUUAGAAUAAUAAAUAAUUUAAGAUCAUUGAUUCUGUAAGCGGAGGCUUCGCAUAGCCAGAAUUUGCGUCAGAUAAAAGAUCAUUGGCGAGACCAUCCCCAAACUAUGUGCACCAGGCUACUGAUUGUUAACAGAUAAAUAUUUCACUGUGUUGGAAAGUAACGAAAGCCUCCAAAGAGACAGCUUUUGUAGGCCUUUUCUCCAUAACAGCGGAUGGAAUGCGCCGAAACACCGUGAUAUUCGUGACGGCACAACGUCGUCAUCAGAGCUGUAGUUUGGGCCUCAAGUUGAGGAAUUGCAAGCUCGACCUCCAUUCUAUUUUUCGGUUCUUCUAAACAAAAUAUCCUAAUGUGUUACGAAAGUAUGCUAUUCCGACACAGCAUGAUAAUGCUGUGCGGGAAUGGCAUCUUCUGUGCAACAGAAGAUACCAUCCAAGAAAGAUCCUGCCUGUGCACUGAGUUUGACUUAAUGGUGCCCCUUUACAUGGUGCAGAACAGAUGUGUUUGAUUUUUUAUGCAAUGAAACGGACCUGCCGAAAUGGGUAACGGAAAGUGUUCGAAUUGCCCACGAGUGCAAUGAAACGCAGCGAGACGCCAUUUGAGCAACUGGUUUUUGCGCCACCGUGAAACGCUCACUGUGCAAUUUGUCCUAUAGUCAGUGUGCGAUGUAGGCUCCUGUAAAAUGCGCUACAGCUACAGCGUGAGCGCGAGCCUGAGUGUUGUGUUGUCGACAGUGCCAAAUGUCUGGACGCAUCCUGUAGAUUUGUUGCUGCUUCACAGAUGCAACAUUUUGGCUCAACCUACACCAUAGGCACGAUCGAGUAACUUGGAUUUUUCUUUUUGAAAUGCAAUCUGUGGAUUGAUAUUUUUGUUACGACAUCACACUCGCGGACGUGCGCGUUUGCGCAAGUUUUGAGAGUUACGGACCUAUCUCCUCACGAUGGUCUCUUUCUUUUUGUAAUUUUGUGCGGAAAUUUUUCAAUAAGCACUUGAUCUAAAUUUCCCAGGAAAAAUUGAACGCACACCCUGUAUUUAUGCCUGUCCCUUUUUAUUCUUAAGCUGUGUCACACGUGAUGUGUGCCACACUUGUGCAAGAAUAAACAUGCUGUGCAAAGAAU